GACGGUAGAAGAAAAACGUUUUGGAAUGAGCAACUGGAAGCACAAUAUCAGAAAGUGAAGAUAAGCCCUGCUUUUCCGCUAAAGAUAAUGCUGGUGGCUCACAGCAGUCGGCUGGAGCGCGACUGGCGCACUCCUCUCACCGAGCUGUACCGCACCGCCGGUCGACCCACCCUGGACUCCCUGGUGGCCACCAUGGCUGACCUGACCAACAUGACCUUCACCUGGUCUGAGGUCAGCCAGCUGCACCUCUGGUGGUACGGGGCCAGCGAGGAGUCUCGCCGCACCCUGACAGAGCUGGUGCGCUCUGGCCGCCUGGAGAUCACCGGCGGCAUGUGGGUCCAGCCGGAGGACACCGGUGUUCGACUGCACACGCUCGUCCAGCAGCUGGUGGAGGGUCACCAGUGGCUACGCCAGCACCUGGGUGUGACCCCCGAGACGGGCCUCUGCGCGGGGUCGCCAGCGGCCGGCUGCAGCAGCGUACUGGCUCACCUGUUCAGCCAGGCAGGCAUCGAGCAGGCUGUCGUCACGAGCGCCUCUGGUGCCUGGACCGAGUACAUGGCCGCACACCGGAGCGUCGACUUCCAGUGGCAACAGCCGUGGUCGGAUGGUGGCGACGACGGCAGUCUACUGACCCACGUCCACCCCACUGACAGACCGUCGGACGGUGCCGGCUGCGACUCUGAGGAGGCGUCCGACUUCUGCCCCGACGUUGACCUGACCCAGGCCCUGCUGACCGCUGACGGUUACCAGAAUCUCUUCACACACGUGUCAGCAGACAACGUCAAGGAGCGCGCCGAAGCCCUGGUGGCUGCUGCUGGAAGAGUCGCUUCCCUCUCCGCCCACAACGUGGCGCUAGUGAUGGUGGACGCAGACUUCCAUCCGGCCAACGUAUCUGCAUGGCGCGAGCGGCACCGCAGUCUUGCCCAGCUGACGAACUGCAUCAGCGAGCACGGCGACUCUCUGUCGGCCAGCGCCGAGCUGGCCACUGCUGCCCGCUACUUCGCCGCGGUGAGGGAGCGGCUGACGUACGCCGCGCCGCUGCCCCGACUGGUCGGAGAACUGCACGGCGCAGCGCCGCCGGCAGAGACGCGCUGGCACCGCGUCACCCGCCGGCUGGAGACUCGUCUGCGCGACACGGAGCUGCUGCUGGUCUGGGCGCUGGGCGUGCACCAGCGCGCUCCGCCGCCCUCGGCAGCCGACCGGCCGCUGGCGCAGGCAGCCAGGAAACUGGCCAACUGUCGACGCACAGUGGCGCUCCUGUCUCGCCGCGGUACCGCCGCCGCGGGCGUGCCGGCGUCGUUGGCCAAGGAGCUGUCGGCCACCAGUAAGACGCUGGCACGCGUCAGCCACCUGCUACUGUCGGUGCUGCUGCUCGACCUGGGCCGGUUCGCCAGCGCGGCGGAUGCGGCACGGCACUACGUCAGCCUGGACAACGGUCUGAGCGCCGUGCCGCGGCUGCUGACCGUCACCGUUCAGCCGGGCGACGCGCACCACCUGAUCGUAUACAACGCCCUGCCGUUCCAGCGCUCCGAGCUGGUGCAGUUCGUCACGCCUACACCCAAUAUCGCUGUCGAGGGUCCGGACGGUGCCAAUGUGCCGCUCGAGAUAUCCCCCGUUGGCCGGGACGCCUUCACCGUCAAGUUCGUGGCGGAGCAGUUGUCGCCUGUUUCGAUGACGACGUACCGCGUCAGCAGUGUCGACCUCGACUCGGCCGCCGACCCGGCGCUAAUGUUCGGUCAAAACGAGUCCGACAUCAGCGAGGGCCUAACCAUCAGCAACGAGCGGUUCGAGCUGCGUCUGGUCGAGUCGCCGCACGGCUGGCGGCUGACGGACCGGCGCACCGGGGACGAACUGGAGCUGGAGCUGCGUCUGGUGGCGCUGCGGCCGGGCGGGACUGAACUGCUGGCCUGUUCCGACCAGGGCUGGAGCCAGCGUGCCGACUCCGUCACCGCUGAGGCGACGCUGCGCUGCGGCAGGGCGCAGCUCACGGUGCGACUGACGCGCGCUACCGGCCCGCUCGGCCAGGCGGUCAGUCUACUGGUGGAGUCUGAGCCGGAGGUGGGCGGUGGCAUCAGCGGCGCGCUGAGCUGGACGAGCGGCGAGGAGCCGGACGCCGACCCGGCGCCGCUGCUGCUGCACCUGCGCACGCCACUACGGUCGGAGGGCGGCGGCGGCAGCGGCUUCUACGCGGACAGCGGCGACUACCAGCUGCUGUUCGCCAGCAGCCCGCUGGUGGCGCUGCUGUCCCAGCAGCUGGCCAGUCCGGCGCCGCUGCUGUUCGGCAGCAGUCCCAGCGCGGUGCGACUGCGCGCCACGCCGCGCCUGCUCGACGGCCCGCUGCCGUGUGACCACGAGCUGGUGUCGCUGCGGCAGCUGACUGCCGGCGCCGACGGCCGGCCGGCAGCGCGCGCACUGCUCACGCUGCGCCGGCGCCGGCUCGACUGCCGGCUCUGGGACGCGCGCGACGAGCUCGGCUGCGGCCUGCAGCCGCCGCUGCCGCGGCUAUCACCGCUGCUCGGAGCCGAGUGGCUGAGCGCCGCCAGUCUGACCGGCGCCGAGGGGCCGACCGCGCCGCCGGCACUGAGCGGUCUGCAGCAGGUGCGGCUCGAUGCCGACCAGGUUCGGUCGUUUAUGGUCGCCCUGGACCGACAGCUGCCGGUACCGAAACCAACUGUGAAAGAAACUCAGCAGAAGGCGAAACAGAAAACCCCGCCGCCGCGGAGAGAACAUGUCUACAGCGAGGGGGACGUACAAUUCGAGGUUGGGCAGUCGUAUCAGCUUCAGUUGUGA